AUGGGUCUAUUCAAAAGAUCAAAACCAACUCCAGAUCUAACCGCCGCAGGAAGUAGUAGUACUUCCACCUCUGGAAAUACGGGAACAAAUCAGGAUACGAAUGCAUCAACAUCAAAUCUCUCCACCACUACAACACUGGUCGCAAGAGAACAAGACUCUCCUCAACCAAGCCGGAAUCUCAAAAGUAUCCCGGCACGUCUGAUUGGCAAGGAUUAUCUGAAAAAGAAAGAUCCAGAAUAUGAUGCAAAGCUCAAUGCUCUCCUGGAGCGAAUUGAAAAGAACUACGUCCCCAAACCGAUACCGCCGAGACCGUUGCCAUCAAAGAAUCGGCAUUGGGAACAAGAUCCGCUAUACCUACUAUUUGGGCCGCCUAGGGCUCAAGCUGCAAUGGAGGAAAGAUAUGAGAGAAGACAGCGUGUGUAUGACUAUCAUCAACAGAGAGAGACAUGGGCGAUGAAUGAUUUAAGAGAUAUGAGUCUGAGCCAGUGGCGAGCGAAGCAUGACUGCUGA